AUGUUCCUUCGCAAGCUUUCCUUUGGAUCUCUGGUCGAGCUCAGCGAACAACAAGGUCUUGGAGCCGAUGCUGUCCGACCACGGGUGGCCAUCAUCGGAGCUGGAAUCACUGGCAUAGCCACCGCAUGUCACAUCCUUGACGCUGGGUUCGAGUGCCACAUCUUCGAGGCAGGAGACAAAGAUGUCGUUGGAGGUAUCUGGACCAAGGUGAACGAAACGUCCAGCCUCCAGAUCCACUCCCAGUUCUACCGCUUCCACGAUGCUGUCGAGUGGGAGAGCGACUACCCAAAACGCAAAGAAAUCCUUGGCCAGGUGAUGAGGCUCUGGGAACGGUAUGACCUGGCUCGUCGGACGACAUUUGGUUGCAAAGUGACCAGCACCUACCAAGAGGAAGAUGGAAAGUGGGUGGUUAACGACACCGCCAACGGCUACUACGACGGCCUGGUCGCAGCCAUCGGAACGUGCGGCGAGGUGUAUUCGCCCUCGAUUCCAGGUCAGCAAUCUUUCAGAGGCCAGGUCAUCCACUCUUCCGAGCUUGAUGUCAAAGCCGUCAAAGGCAAGAACGUACUGGUGGUCGGGGGCGGCGCAAGUGCUGUCGAGGCGCUGGAAUUCGCUUGUGAUAACGGAGCCUCGUCGGUGAAAGUGCUGGCAAGGUCUGAGCGCUGGUUUAUUCCAAGACAUCCCAUGCUCAAUGCAUGCCUGGCUGGAACAAUUGGUGAUCGAUAUGGUAUCCUGGCGUAUAUUCUUGGCUUCUUCCUACGUCUGAUCUUCUACCGGGAGUUCUGGGACAUGGCACCUCCAAUGAACGGCAAAGACGAUCUCUACUCCGGCACUCCAAUCGUGAACAGCCGUGUGUUUGAGCUGAUGAGACAAGGCCGCGCCAGUUGGGUCCGCGGUGACAUUCUAAACUUCACACGCAGAGGCAUUCGUUUCUCUCGACGCAAGGGUGGCGCAAAAGAAGGAUCUCUUGGCGAAGAGCGCAUCGAAAAGGGUGACGUAUGCAUCCUGGCCACCGGUUACCGACGACCUUCUCUCUCUUUCCUUCCCAAGUCGAAAGCUAGCAGCAAGUACCAGCCGCCAAACUGGUUCUUGCAAGUCUUCCCAACGGAAAACCCCACGGUAUGCGCGACCAACUGCACCUGGAAAGACGGCAUCGGCAGCGUCGGCGGUGCACACAUCGGCAUCUACACUCGCUUUUUACUCGUGUUCCUCCUCGACCCACGAACUGCUCCAUCCGAGACCAUCAUGAAGGCUUGGGUUGACCUGGUUCAUAUUCUUAAGCGCCCUUAUCCUGGCGGCGCUCUUGCAUUCGUUACGUCGGCUGAGCUGUUCGGCUGGUUCCUUAUCGUCAUGCUGGUUCAGCCAGCGUUGUGGCCGUGGAUUGGAUUCAUCUGGAAUGGACCUGGUCCCGACCCGAACCCAAAAGAGUCACAGAAAGCAAGGCUGGGCCCUACGCAGGUCGAGAUAGCCCUUGAGCAGAAACAGUGA